UGUCAAUUGACUAUGUGGCUGUGGUAGGUAGUGACAACCAUUCUGCUGUGCUUCGGUGCCUGUUUAUGGUAUGACCUAAAUAAGGCGUGUCCCUGUCAAAAUGUAAUGCGAUUUCAAGCUUUAGCCUCUAGAUGGCGGUAAAUGUACAGUUAUUAAACCAGAGAUUACUGGUAGGCCAGUUAUAUAAAACAAGUGUUAGGUGGAGCUGUAGGUAAUAAGAAAGAGGCUCGGUGGAAAAUUAAACCUGUGACCAGCUAGCUGACAUCUAAUACACGGACCACUGACAGGGCUUUGCAGAAAAUGAACCCUUAUGUCGGCAACAUUGUCUUUUGACUCCCUUUGUCUUGAGACAUAUAUGAACUUACUUCACAUUGUUAAGAGGAACUUGGUCAUAGUGUGAUGUAAUGUCCAUUCCAUCAACUUCCUGUUUCGUGUUACUAAAUAAGCAGUGAAGAAAGGGUGUGAUGUUGAGUUUGGGUCCUCACAGACUUGAUUGGAAACGAACCAAGUUGGAACAUUAUGGAGAGCGUCAUUGAGGGUUCAUCUGUGGAUCAAGAUCCUACAAAUGGGUAUGAAAAUGUGACAGCCAACCAGCAGGACAACAGAGACGGCUCAGGAUUAGCUCAGCACUCAAGCAGAAGAGUCUACAGAUUAAUUGCUGUGGGUUUUGGGUCGCUGUGUGUCCUACAAGUCCUUCUUAACGUCUCCCUGCGUUUAGUCGACAACCUGAGCGAAGCGAGAGUCCAGUUGGCCUGUGAGAAAGACGUCCGCAAGAUAUGUCCCCAAGACUGGAUAAUACAGUCCGGCUGCAGUUGUUACUUCAUCUCCCUUGACACUAAAAACUGGACUGAGAGUAGACAGGACUGUCUGGACAGAGGAGCAGACCUAGUGAUCAUAAACAGCAGAGUGGAACAAGUUUUCAUCAAAACAUUGGGUCACAGAUCCUGGAUCGGUCUGACUGACAGAGAAGUUGAGGGAACCUGGAGAUGGUUGGACGGGACACCACUGACCGCAAGUUACUGGACUACAACCGGCGAACCGAAUGGAGGAGCUGAAGAGAACUGUGCUGAGAUUAUCGGCAUUCACAAUGACCCGGUUUUGGCCUGGAAUGAUCUACCAUGUUACUAUGAACAGCGUUGGAUCUGUGAGAGGUCGUUGGUUCUGUGAGAGGUUGUUGGAUCUGUGAGAGGUCAUUAGUUCUGUGAUAGGCCAUUGGAUCUGUGAGAGGUCGUUGGAUCUGUGAGAGGUCGUUGGUUCUGUGAGAGUUUGUUGGAUCUGUGAGAGUUUGUUGGAUCUGUGAUAGGCCGUUGGAUCUGUGAGAGGUCGUUGGUUCUGUGAGAUUCAGCCCUAACAUGUCCCUAACACCUACAAUAGUAUCCACGUCCAUUCCAGAACCCACCAAACAACAUUAUUUUAAGCAAGUAAGGCAAGUCACAAUUAAUUUAGGGAAAAAGCAGGUUCCGCAUUUAUAAAAGUAACGUUUUUUUCCUCUCUCUUUUGACUCCCUUCUCACAGGUUCUGGCAUUGUCCCCCCCCCCCCCCCCCCAUGCUCAUGUAACACGUGUUGAAUUCCUUUGUUGUAUAAUGAUCCAGAGUCUGAAUAGUUCCAUGAAAAUCCUAAUCAAUCCUAUAUGUUAAAACACUUGUAAGAAUUGUAUAUGGUCACGGAUAGUGUUUUAUAAUGGUCUCCCAACAUUAUAUUGUAAUAUGUAUGCAUUUCAGUCAUUUAUGAACUUAUCUGUUGAUUUGUGAACACUGUACUGUACAUUUUACUCAGGGGCACAACUUUCACUGGGGACAUGGGGGGGACAUGUCCCCCCCCCAACCCAGUUUUAAUCACUGGGAUGUGAUUCAAAACGAGGCAACGGUGUGCUUUAGGACCAUGCAGACGCCUCCGAGCGGUCUGAUAGGCUGUUUCGAGUGUUUAUCCAACUGAAUAAAACAUUUUUUUUUUUUUUAUUAUUAAAAAAAAAAGUUAUGCCCCUCCCACUUCUAAAACCAAAGUUGCGCCCCUGAUUUUACUACACUUCGUCAUUGGGCUAGCAUGGCUAUUCAUGCCCCCUUUUCGUUGUUCAUUUGUACUUUACAGAGGAUGUGGUGCAUUAGGGCAGCACAACAUUUGUUUUUGGAAGUUGUUAUUGUAAUUAUCAGCUGUGUCAUGUGUUUUUGUUAGGAUAUUUUGACAAUAUUUUACUGUUCUCAAGAGCACAUCAUGUACUGUAAUGUACUUAACACCUGGCUGUAAUAAAGAACCUUGUCUGGCUGACGCCUACAGGCUACUGGAUAUUUACAUUUAAAACUGUACAAUUCAUUUGUAAUUACAUUUUUAUGUGAAACAACAUUAUUGUUAUUGGCCCCUGUCUACAUUCACCUCUUUGGCUCGUUUACAUUCACUAGUGAAUGACUCCUCUCGGUUGAUGUAUGGGAUGUGUAGCUCUGGAGUGUAGAGAACAAGUUGUACUGAUGU